CUUAAUCAUUUAAUUUAUUUUCUAAUGCUUGCCAGUUCUAUUUAGUGUACAGAACAGUAACACAGUUUUGAAAUUCAAAACCACCACCCAUCAAAUAUAAAAUAUAAAAUUAGGUUUUGCAAAAACAAAAUCAAUAGAGUUGCAUAUGUUUUUUUUGGCAUAGUCAGUAGAUACCCAACGAAGGGGAAAAGAGAAGUGAAAGAAGGGAUACCGAUGUUUUGAUUCAUUUGAUCAGACACUCUCCCAUGGCAGGACCUUCAUGGUUGGUUGACAGUAAUAGAAUUGCAACAAAAAUCAAGAGUGCAUCUGGUGCACGUGAAACUGGAAGUGCUAACUGGAAAAGCAACCCGACUAGAGCUUGCCCAAAUUGCCAACAUGUUAUUGACAAUAGUGAUGUCGCUCAAGAGUGGCCAGGAUUACCCAGAGGUGUGAAAUUCGAUCCAUCUGAUCAAGAGAUCAUAUGGCAUUUACUUGCAAAAGUUGGUGUUGUGAAUCUGAAGCCUCAUCCUUUCAUUGAUGAGUUCAUUCCAACUGUUGAUGAAGAGGAUGGAAUAUGUUAUAAGCAUCCUCAGAAGUUACCAGGUGUUAAGCAAGAUGGAAGUGCAUCUCACUUCUUUUAUAGAGCUAUUAAGGCUUAUAACACUGGAACUCGGAAGCGUCGAAAGAUACAUGAUGAUGAUUUGGGUGAUGUCCGUUGGCACAAGACUGGCAGGACCAAACCGGUUAUCUUGGAUGGGGUCCAAAAGGGGUGUAAAAAGAUAAUGGUGCUCUAUGUGAGCCCUGUCAGGGGUGGGAAAUCGGAGAAAACCAAUUGGGUCAUGCACCAGUAUCAUCUGGGUACAGAAGAAGAUGAAAAAGAGGGAGAGUAUGUCAUCUCUAAAGUUUUUUAUCAGCAGCAACAAGUCAAACAGAGUGACAAAAUUGAACAAGACCUUCCUGAUGACAUCAUAGUUGCAAAAGUAGAUCCAGUCACUCCCAUGUCUGUGACUCCUGUACCACCUCGUACUGAAAGACGUACUGGUUUUGACCCAGGGCAAGAUUCCAUGGUAAGUUGCAUAGAUCCCUCCACUCAGAAUCAUGGGAUCGUGGACAUAAAAGAUGAGGCAAAAACAGCACGUGAAGAGCCUAUUUUGCAAGAUCAACUCACUACAGAAAAUAAUGCCGAUCAAAUAGUAGAUAAUGAUGAGGCAAAAACAGCACGUGAAGAGCCUAUUUUGCAAGAUCAACCCAGUACAGAAAAUAAUGCCGAUCAAAUAGUAGAUAAUGAUGAAAAUCAAGGUGAAGAAGACCCAAAAUGGUGGGAUGGUGAAUCACAGUAUCUGUUAGAUUCGCAACAGCUUGUGGAAGGCCUGUCUUUGUGUGAUGAGCUUCUUCGGAGCCAGUCCCCAGAUAGAGAGGAGAACAGGUAUGGUGGUGAAUCGAAUGGCAAACCCCGCCUUUCUGAUUAUGCUCAUUUAGGACCAGAGAAUUUAAAGAAAGAUUUAAUGGAGUGCCAAGAAUUGGUCCUUGAUCCAGCAAACAUAGAACUCGAUACACCUCCUGAUUUUCGACUAAGCCAGCUUGAGUUUGGAUCGCAGGAAAGCUUUCUCGCUUGGGGUGGUGGGAACGUUUGACUAAGCAUGGUUUGAGCAUCCUCGUUCGUCUUAAUAAUCAUGGAAGACAAAACAGUGAACCAUUUGUUUUGUGGACGCUUUAUUCACCAUGUCACUUUUGACCAAACCGGAAAUGCUCUUCAUGGUGAUUUAAUUAUAGUUUUUUGAUCUAUGCUGAUGCUAAUGAUUUCCGAAUAUCUCAUGCCAUUUGCCCCUCGGAGGAGCCUUGAGCUAAUUCGGUCGUUUCUAUCUGGUGUUUUUUUGUUAAUCUUGUCUAUGGCUUCAAGGCUUGAUGUAAUGAACUGUUAAAAAGACAUCUGGUUAUGUUGUAUAGUUUGGGGAACAUCUGACCCUUUUGUGACAUGGUGUGUUAUAUAUAUGAUGAUUUUUGUUAGGAGCUAAAAAAAUUGCUGGUUAUAUAUUUUAUGUGAGAAUAAGGGCUCUGCGAGAAUGUAGCUUACCAGCUAUUUAUGUUCUAGAGGGCUGCAGAUAGCCAGUUGAUUUACACACAGUGACAAACACGCAGUGCUUGAGAAUGCAACAAUCAGCAUAAAUAUCUGAGGAAGUUGUGUUGGUGUGUGCUCUUUGGAUCAUUUUGCAAUGGAAGUUUGCAUUGUAAUGAUAGAGAUACAGCUCAAACCAAGUACGAGGUGGGACAUCUUGUUAUUGGAAGAACUAGUGCUUUGUCGACGCCAAGGAGACCAUAACUGAUUGGUUACAUGAGGCAACUGAGUGCAGCACAGACCGGGCAAGCAAAUCGUUCAUGAACCUGAACCUGGAAGAGCCUUACAGGUCAUUAGGGUUGGCUUGAAAAUAGCUUGAGAGACCAGGGGCCCUGGGCUUGUUUCCAGCUAAUGAGCGGCCCCGGGUGCCCUGUUCGUGACCGGCAAGGGUGAAACCCUAGCUGGUCUAGCUAGGGUUUCUCUCCUUGAAUGUUAUGAUGAACCAAAGGAACAGACAUAUAGGGUCUUGACACUCUGGCCUGCUUCUCUCUCACCAAAAUGCAUUUACAGUUUGGCCUCUUACACAAAUACAAACAAUCAAUAUUGGUGAUAUUAGUUGCUUUAAUGUUUAGAACCAAUUGUCUUUGUGUGUGAUUACAUAAAAUUCCUUAAAAGACAUCAAUUUAUAAGGUAUCAAACAAUUACAAUGUGAUCACACAGUUAUGUCAUGACCUGAAGCACACUUCACCUGAAAAAAAAAAAAAAAAAAACUCUGGAUU